AUGACUACAGAUUCAUCAAAUAUUGCUAUUACACAGCAUGUAGCAACACUUCUUGAUGAUCUUAUUACUUGGCGAACUAUUGGCAAUAAACAAUCAGAUAUACGAGAAACAACUAAUAUUCAACCUCAUGGUGGUGCUUGGAUGCCAGCCGAUCGUUCAUUUGAUCGAAUAUUAUUCUGGCGAACAGUAGAAAAUAAUUCAUUUCAAUUAUUUGAAUAUUCAAUGUCACGUAAUCUUUUACAUAACGCUCUUCAAAUUCAAUUUGGUGUAUCAACAACUGUUUUACCAAAUGUUUUUAUUGUUGAAUUACCUGAUCGAAAAGAAAUUUGUCUUAUGUUUGUAACACAUAUUGGUGUUUAUCGUUGGAUUUUAAAACAUCCAACAUUAUCCAAUAUUGGACAAUUAGAACAACCUCAAUCGAUACUUGCUGAUAUAACAGAUGAUUAUUUAAAUAAUCGUAAUCAUUUCUAUCGACAUGAUUUACAAUUAUAUAGUCAAGUCACUUGUGCUUAUACAAAUGAUCAUUUGAUUUAUGCGUUAUACAAUGAAAUCGAAACGAUUAUUCUUCGAUUUGAUAAUCAAGAUCAUUUAAGUUCACCACAACAAAUAAUUUUCCCAAAGAGACAAUCGUCAGGUUUAUUUAAUUUUCUUUGGAAUCCAAAUAAAUCAGUAACACCUACUCAACAAAAUCAACCAUUAAUUGCUGGUCAAACGACUAUUAUUUAUAGUACGAUGACAAUGACAAUCAUACUUUACGAUAAUGGUCAACUUCGAUUUUUAUCCGAUCAACUUGAUACAAUUAUUCAUGAAUAUAAUUUAUCAACUGAUCUUCCACGUUUAUCAUCAAAAAUUCCAACAAAAAUGUUUUUAGAUUAUUGUCAAUAUGAAACAUUUUCUGAUGAACUUGUAACACGUUUAUUUGUUAUUCUUGAUUCCAAUGAACUUCUUCAUCUUCUUAUAUAUGAAUUUCAAUAUGAUUCAAGUGAAAAUUUUCAAUUUUCUUUAUAUCAAAAUAAAACAUAUUCCAAAAGUCUUCAAUCAACUGAUCAUGCAAAUUUACCACAUGGUUCAUCAUUAACAUCAGUAACAUGUACAAAUGAUAGAAUUUUAUUUCAUCUAUUAACAAAUCAAAAUCGUUCAAUACUUUUAUUAAUACACUAUGAAUUAAAAACAACUAAUUAUGAACAAUUUAUACAGUUACCUACGGAUUCAAAUGAAAAAAUUAUAAAUGAUGAUUCAACAACAAUCGAUGAUAUUGAAAGAAGACUUAAAUCACCAGGACAAUUUACUAUUGAUAUGAUUAAAGAUGCACUUUGGAUUACAUUUAAUCUUAAUCUAGAUGAAUAUAAUCAAUCAUGGACAUCAUUAACACAAAUUCUUCAACAAUUACCAAUUAUUAUUCAAAGUUUGUGUAAUGAUCAUUGUGAAGAAAAUUCAAUUCGUAAUGAAGAUCGUUUACAAAUUCUAACAAAAUUCUGGCAAAAUCUUUAUAGUACAUUAAUUGAUCUUCGUGCUCAUGCACUUGUUCUAUAUGGUUGUCGAAUAUUCGAUGAACGACAAUUAAUUAUUAUUAUUCAUAAAUCAGCUGUAUCACUUUAUUCAAUGUCAAAAGCAGCAUUACCAAUAAAUCCAAAAUAUUCUCGUUAUGUAAAAGAUAUUGAAUUAUUAGUAAAAACAUCGGACGAUGAAACAAUUGCUCGAAUAGAUGAUGAUUUAUUUAAUGAAACAUCAGCAAAUGAACAACAAUUAAAUACACAACAAUUAAUUCGUAUUCAAAAACAUCUCGAACCAAUUGUAAAUAAUGAUCAAUUAACUGAAAUAUUUCAAUCAAUUUAUGAUAAACAUUCAUCAAAAAUAAAUUCAAAUGAAAUUAAUAAUAAUAUAUUUUCAUCGAAAAUAGCUCGUCGUUUAAUAGUCCUCGUUUUUGUUCAAUUAUGUCAUGAAAGAAUUCAUCAAAUUGAACGUUUAAAUAAAUUAAUACCAUUAAUAUUUCGUACAAAUCAUAUUCGAAUUAAUUCACAUCGUAUAGAAAAACUUCAAGAUCAAAUUUUACCAUAUUUACAAGAUUUAUUACAAAUUUAUCAAAUACUUUUAUGGCUUUCAUCAUGUGGAAUUGAAUCAUCAUCAAUAACUGUUGAUGAUCGUGAUCUUUUUAUUGAAAAUCUUGUUUUUCAACAAUCACAACAACGAUAUAAAACACGAAUUGGAAAUCAAUCAUUAAUUGAACAAGUUUUAAUGGAUAAUUAUCCACAAGAACAAAUUUUACCUGAUGCAGAUAAUUGGUUUCAAAUAAUACUUCAUUCCAUUGAUAAUCUCUUGACACUUGUAUGGCCAAAUAAUGAUUUUCUAAUCACAUAUUUACCUAGUCGACAUCAAUGGACAAUCUUAGAUCAAUAUUGUGGAAAAUUUUCUUGGUUUAAAGAAUUGAAUUCAGCAAGACAAUUUUUUCAUGCAUUAACAUUUUAUCGUUCGGGUACAAAUAUUGAAACAGCUACAAGACAUUUAGCUGCUGUGUUAAAAGAACUUCAUACUGAUCCAUUGCUAUUGAAAAUGUUUGGACAACAAACAAUACCAGAAUUAUUUUAUAUAGAAUGGAUUCGAGAAUAUUUAAAAUAUUUUGGUCAAAGUCAACAUGUUGCUUCAUUUCUUCAUCAAUCUUUACAAAGUUCAUAUUCACCUGAUAUUCGUGCUUUAAUUAUUAAAGAAUUAUUUAAAACAAGUAUUGAUUUAAAAAAUUUCGAUGAUGCUUUUUGGUGUAUACAAAAUACAAAUGAUUAUUUAAGUCAGAAACAAUUUACAUUUGAAUAUGCAUUAGCUAUAUGUUCAUUAUCAAAUGAACAAUCUUUGUAUCGUCUUCAAACACUUGUUCAAUAUCAACGUGAUAAAUUAGGUUAUAUAGAUUUUGAAUUAUUAGCUUAUCUUGAACGAACAUGUGUUGAAACUCAACCUAUUCAAUCAUCACAUGUGUAUGCACUUUAUGAAAUUUAUAAAACGAUUAAAUUACCAUUAAAAAUGGCACAGAUAAUGUAUCAUUAUGGUUGCUUAAUAAAUGAUAUAAAAGAACAAAAAAAUGUUUUUCAAUUAGCUUAUGAUGCUUUAUCAACAAUACAACAAACAAAUGAUUCAACUGAUCGCUUAUUUAUUUAUCCAAUUAAUUAUGAAUAUAAUUCUUUAGCACCUUUACAUACUGAUGAUAAUUCUUCUCAACUUAUUAGUAUUGAUGAAUGUCGACAAAAAUUAGCAAUUAUAUCUGCUAUAUAUACAUUAAAAACAAAUCGUUCAUCAGCAACUGUUCAAAUAACUGAUACAAUGCAUCCAACACAAUUAAGUGGUCUUUUAGCAAAAUUUCAUUAUCAUACAGAAGCUCAACAAUUACUUGAUGCUUUUCAUAUAAAUAAAUCAUCAAUGUAUUUUGUUCAUUAA